AUGGAUAUUUUGCAGCUUCUUACACAGACUGUGCUUGAGACUUGUGUCCAUCGUCUUCUUUUUGAAUCUCUUCUCAUCAUAUUAAUUGUUUUUUUGCUGUUCAGCAAAAGAUCGAAAAAAAUUACUCUUACUGAAAAGGAAAAAAUUGAUUUAAUUAAGGAAUACAAUCCAGAACCUUUAGUGCCUAAGACCAGUGAUAAUCAUCCGUUAUUGGUUCGAAUGGAGCAAAAAAGAGCAUCACUAAAAGUUGGCAAAUAUAUCUUGAUCAAUGGACAGAAAUGUUUGAAUAUGGCAACAUGGAAUUUCCUUGGCUUGCUAGGAAAUAAAUCUAUGGAGGCAGAAGCAAAUCCUAAGAAAGCUAAAUGUACUCGCAAAUACAUAACAGUUGAAGCAAUUUAUGCAAAUAUUGGGGACAUAUGUCCACUACCAAAGAUUAUAAGGCUGCGUAAUAAGUACAAAGCUCGAAUAAUCCUUGAUGAAAGUAUCAGUUUAGGAGUGCUGGGAAAAACUGGCAGAGGACUGACAGAACAUUUUGGACUUACUCUGGAUGCAGUUGAUAUUAUGUCUGCAUCGUUGGAAAAUUCUUUUGCAAGUGUUGGUGGCAUCUCAAUGGGCAAAAGUUGGAUAAUGUGGCAUCAGAGAAUGGGUAGCCUUGGUUAUGCCUUUUCAGCUUCCCAGCCACCACUCUGUGUUGCUACAGCUAUACAAGCCAUAAAUAUAUUAGAACAAGAUACAAGCUUAGUUGAAAAAUGUCAGAAUGCCUGCAUAGAUUGUCAUGUAAAACUUACUGGAAUUGAUGGUUUGGUGUUGAAUGGUUUGUCUUUAUCUCCAGUGAAACAUUUACGUCUUGCCGAACCAAGUGAUGAUAGACAAGAAAAUGUUGACAAGUUACAAAAAAUUGUGGAUUUUGCACAAAAAGAAGGGAUUGCUUUAACCAUGGCUAAUUAUCUUAGUAAUUUAGAACACAUUUUACCAGAACCAAGUAUCCGAAUUGCAGUUAACAGUUCACUAUUGACAGAAGACAUUGAUAAAGUAGCAUCAGUAAUCAAACAAGGAACAAAAGAAAUUUUAUUUGCCAGGUAUGUUUUUUCAUAA